CCUAAGCCUACAGAGAGAUAACACAACAUACAAGCAUAUCACUUAGAUUGUAGCCAAACAGUUAUGAACAGUUUAUCUUUGUGUUCCACGGAAUAACAUCGUUUGUAACCGUUAGUGUUCAUCAGUGCAUAAAUAAAGAACAAUAUUAAAAACAAGUGACAAUCAGUGUAAACGUCAAAAAAUCCAAAAUGGCCGCUUCACCGUCGACCGUACCUUCAUUGCCGGAGCCGGAAAUUGAGAAGCAAUUACAAGAAUUGGAGAAAGUUAAAGAUCACGAGGAGUAUGAGAGUAGAUUGAACAAGAUUGGCUUCUCUGUGGCCAAUUGGAUGAAACUACUGUUCAAUAGGACUGAGGAAGAGGAAUUCCAUGCUGAAUGGUUGACUAUAGACGAAUACAAAGCUCAAGCGGAGGAGAGCAUGCACAAUGCGUUCCGUAUUGUGAACUUGCCGAACUGGAGCGUCGAGAAGAAAGGCUCGAAGGGAGACGUCGUGGAAUCCAAGAAGACUGAACAGUUUGGCAAGGUUUAUAGGUUUACUGGUGUAGUAGAAGCCCCGCCACAGUUCCUUUACGAGGAGUUCAGAGAUAAUCUCACUAAACUGCCAGAGUGGAACCCCACCAUAUUGAAGAGUGAGCUUAUAAAGGAAGUAGGUCCCGGCGUAGACCUAUCCUACCAGGUCACCGCAGGAGGUGGACGAGGUAUCAUAGCACCCAGAGACUUCGUGAUCCUCCGUCGCACGGCGCCCUUGUCCAAAGAGGGUCAGGUGGUGUCUUCCGACCCUGACAGCUACAUCAGCAGCGGCGUCAGUGUCACCGUGCCGGGGUACCCGCCUCAUAGGGAUAUGGUCAGAGGUCAAAACAAGGUCGGCUGCUGGUUCCUCAAGCCGCGAACGGUACAGACUUCAGGCGGCAAGAUUGAGACACACACCACCUUCCAAUGGCUCAUGUGCUGUGAUCUUAAAGGUAAGGCCUUAUAA